AUGUCUGUUGGUGGCGCGUGGCUGCGGCGCAUCACCGAGGCCACGCGUGCGUCAAGCAGCGUGGCGAGGGGGCGCCCUGCUGGGGGCGGGGGCGGUCGCGGGCGUGUGCGAGAGGACCCACGCACCGGCGGCCCGGGCGACGGCCUGCCCGGAAGCUCUGGAGGAGCGCCAGGCUGCUUGCCGGCGCUGACGGGCGUGCGCAAGCAGCUCUCGCGCCGCAGCGCGGCAAGGAGUCCGUGCGCACGCGCGCCCGGCAGGCCGGGAGACGGCGAUGCGAAGUGCGUAAUGGCCUUGGUGCCAGAGGAGGGCAAGGAAGAGGCGGCCGCGGGGCAGGAGGGGGAGAGAGCGCGCCCAGGCAGCGGGAACCGCCGCAGGGGGGCACGCUCAAACAGGGCUCGAUCUAUUCCGGCCCGAGUCAGGUGCUGGGCCAAAUCGUCUUCCGAAGUGUUACGGACCGGCGAGGUCUUUUUUUGUUGA